AUGGAAGAAGAUGUGAAGUUGGAAAGUGCCAACGAUAACCCCAAGCCAGGAGCUAAAUUAGACAGGAAUAUCUCUGUCAGCGAGUUUUCCUGCAAUUGCUGUUAUGAUAUCUUGGUGAACCCUACCACUUUGAACUGUGGGCACAGUUUUUGUAGGCACUGUUUGGCCCUCUGGUGGGUUUCAUCAAAGAAGACUGAAUGUCCUGAGUGUCGCAACAAAUGGGAAGGAUUUCCUAAAGUAAAUAUUCUGCUAAGAGAUGUGAUAGAAAAACUAUUUCCUGAUGCCAUCAAGGAGAAAUAUGAAGACCUUGAGCAGAACAGUGAAAUUACGCGAGCCUUGCAGGCUUUCAAUAAAUUUGGAGAUGAGCAGAACCAAACGUCUUCCAGAUCAGGACGAGCAAAUGUGAACAGAGGAGGAGGAUUCUUUUCAGGGGUGUUGACUGCUUUAACAGGGGUGGCAGUUGUGUUACUAGUGUAUCACUGGAGCAGUCGAGAGUCUGAACACGACCUUCUAGUUCACAAGCCAGUUUCUAAAUGGACACCUGAGGAGGUAGUGCUUUGGCUUGAGCAGUUGGGUCCAUGGGCCUCGCAUUAUAAAGAACGCUUUUUAUCAGGAAGGGUAAAUGGAAGGCUGCUGCUCUCGCUUGCAGAAGAGGAGUUCUCAAAAGAGCCAUACAGCAUAGAGAGUAACAGUCAUAGAAAAGCCAUUAUUAUGGAGCUGGAAAGAGUCAAAACCCUAGGAGUCAAACCACCUCAGAAUCUGUGGGAAUAUAAGGCUGUAAACCCUGGAAAAUCCCUUUUUUUGUUAUAUGCACUGAAGAGCUCCCCGCGACUCAGCAUGUUAUACAUGUACUUGUUUGAUUAUACAGAUACCUUUUUACCUUUCAUCCAUACAACUUGUCCUCUUAAGGAGGAGAAUGAAGAAGACAUCAUCACCAAGUUUAUAGAUCUCCAGGAUCCAACAUGGACUCAAUGGCGUGAAUUUCUUGUUAAAUACCUAUUUCUUCCAUAUCAACUCCUUGCUGAGUUUGCUUGGGACUGGCUUGAAGUUCAUUAUUGGACCUCUCGGUUUAUAAUAGUAAAUGCCAUGUUGCUUUCAGUGCUGGAAUUAUUCUCGUUCUGGAGGCUGUGGUCAACAAGCCAACUGAGGUCUUUUCCUCGCCUCAUGUGGGGUCAUUUUUGGAAGAUGUCAACGCAGGGGCUUUUUGUUGCAAUAUUUUGGCCUUUGGUUCCACAAUUUGUUUGCAAUUGUCUAUUCUACUGGGCCCUGUACUUUAACCCAAUUAUCAACAUCGACCUGGUGGUCAAAAAAAUCCGCAGGCUGGAAACUCAAGUAAUGUAA